AUGCCUUCUACCCACACGAUUCCCAUUCCUAUUGAACGGAUUGGCUUGGUGUCACGAACGGAGAAUGGCCCACCCGAACAAGCAACUGUCAUCUCAACCCGUGGAAGCGGAGAUGAACAGGAGCUCUACGUUCACUUUGUUGCUCAAGACAAGCGUAUGGAUAGAUGGAUUAAGGAGUCUGAAUUCUCCCCCCUUUCCAAUGAACCACGCAAGAGAAAGCGAAGCGAUAACGAUUCAGAUGCAGAAGAUGGGUUUACAAUGGUCGUGACAGAGGAGGAGUAUGACUUGGAUCAGCAUAAAAAGAUUGGCGCGCAGCGAAAUUUCGACAGGGUCCUAUUUGGGCAGUGGGCUAUCCGAACAUGGUACUUCUCCCCAUAUCCUCUUGUCGAAGGAGAUGACAUUGAGCUACCUGCGGUCACUCCCAAUGGCCAACCAGCUACGACCGUGGCCUCAGUUCCCAAGAUACCAGGCGUCAGGCAUACGGCCGGUCGUUCUCAUGCCCGCGUCUUGGAUCUGCUAGCAGGCAGUUUGACUCGCGUUGAACGGCCCAUGCUGUGGGUUUGCGAAUAUUGCUUCAAAUAUAUGUCCGAUCCUCAACUCUACGAAGCACAUCAGACGCGCUGUACCGUCUCCCGCCCCCCCGGUCGACGAAUAUACCACAAGGGUGCCUGCUCUGUCUGGGAGGUAGACGGCGCCAAAGAGAAGCUCUACUGCCAAAACUUGGCGCUCUUUGGUAAACUAUUCAUCGAUGUCAAAACCCUCUUUUUCGACUGUGAUAACUUCAUGUUCUAUGUUGCAACAGAGUCAGAUUCCAAAUAUCCGCCGGAUUCCCAAUGCCAUCAUUUUUGCGGUUUCUUCUCUAAAGAAAAACUGUCCUUUGACGAUUACAAUCUUGCUUGCAUCGUCACGUUGCCACCACGACAGCGAAAGGGCUGGGGAAUGCUUAUGAUUGAGAUAAGCUACGAGUUGUCGUAUCGUGCAAACAAAGUUGGUACUCCCGAACGACCACUUUCCGACCUUGGUCUCAGAAGUUAUCUGGCGUAUUGGGUCGCAACAUUGCUUCGCUUUUUCCGCCGGAUUCUAACCGUCGUCGUUCCAUUCGGAGCCUCGGUCACAAAAGAACUCGACGGUCCCCGUUCUCCUUCCCAUGACAGAGAAGAGGCAGGGACACCGAGCGUCGUCAACGGCAAUACACCUGGCGUGGUCACCGCGAAACGGAGGAAGCGUGCUCCUACUAUCUCGUCUAGCGAGGUAAAUGACGCGGAGGCACUAUUACGAGACGAAGAGCAGAGAACGAGCCGUAUAGCACACAUUCUCUCUGCUCAAAAACAAAGAUGGACGGCGAAUUCCAAUGGUACAGCAACCGUCAAUGCUGAGAUCCAACUCACGAUCAAGGAAAUUGCCCAAGCCACCCAUCUGCGAGUAGAUGACACUGCAUUUGCUCUGAGCGAGAUAGGUUUGCUUGGUUUGCGUCUUGCAAGUGAAGACGAAGCGGAACUGAGACGAUUGGCAACUAGUCCACCAGAGUAUUCCAACGCAAAUCCCAACACCUUCGUGUUCAUCUCCCGUGCAACUGUAGACCGGUUAAUAAGAGAAAGGAGAAUAAAGAUCCCGUCUCUAAAUCUUAUGCAUUAUCUCGACACUUAG